AUGUUUUUUCGACAUUCAUCCUCAAUAUCAUCCAGCCCAUUCGACGAGUCAAUCAAUUUACGAUUACGAAUAUUACUAUAUAGAAGUUUAUUGAUUCCUGAUUAUGUACGACAAAAUGGUGUAUUGUAUCAUAACGAAAAUUUGCUUGCUGAUUCAAAUUAUAAAAACCGAAAAUUUGGAAAACAUCGUAUCAACAACACAAAUGUAGCACGACACUUGAAUAUCGAAGGCUCUCAACAUUCAUUUGAAAAUAUGAUUUCUCGAUAUGACGAUUCAUCGUCUGACGACAGAACAAUCGAUGUGAAAUUUCGUCAUUCACGAAGCACUCAACUAUAUACCGAUAGAAAACUAAUUUCUCCUGUAACAUUCAGACGAAGGUCUCAGUAUAAGUCAUUUGAUCGUAAUCCACGAAGAAAUCGAUUUUGUUAUUCUCCCAUUGAUAUUUAUCAAGCAUGUGAAGUCAUGAUGGUCUAUAGAAAUGAUUUAUUAACAUCCGAUGAAACUGAUCAAAUCGUAAUAAAACAAAAACAAAACAGUAAUAAUGAUGAUCAAACAGUAAUUGUUUAUAAAGGUUGUUUAAAGAACUAUGAUACUUUUUCAUUUAAAUCUCAACAUCCUAUUGAAUGUCCUUUCAAUGUACUAUUUUACAUCAAUGGAAAUACUGAUGUGCAUUUUUCAACCUGUUGUGAAUAUAAACAUCGUCAAGGGGGAUUUUUUCUUGGUCAAUCAUUCGUUAUUGAACAUAUCGUAAAGUCGACUCCUUGUCAAAAAUGUCGACGACGAGAAGAAAAAGAUAAUAAACAGACCAUUUCAUUGAAUUCAUUUGAUAAACAAAAAGUUUCUCCGGAUCGUCGAUCUCACAAAAGUAGACAGAAACUAAUAUCAAUAGGAAAAACAAUAAAUGAUGAAAAACAAAAACAAGAGAAAAAUAAAUCAAAUUAUAUUCAAUCAGAGAAUAUUCAUAUUCAGUCAAUUAACUCAACGGAUAAUCAAAAUCGAAACCAUCAAGAAACUUCAAAAGAGAAAACGAAAAAAAUUUCAUUAUCAUCCUCAUCAUCGCCAUCAUCAUUAUCAACAGAAAUGAAAGAAAAUUUAUCUUCUCAAGAAGAAUUUAUUACGCCAAAGCAUGAGAUUAUAAAAUCAAAAGAACAUGAAGAUGAUACUGAAAGUGAAUUCAAUCAAAAAUUAAGAGAAAAAACAAUGGUUGAUAAUGAUAAUAGUGGAAAUUUUUUUCAAGCAUUAUUAUCUAUUCUUCAAAGUGGUCUUCGUCGAAUGGACCUACAUAAAUCAGUAACUCCACGAUGCGAAGGAAAUGUUGAAAAUUUUCUUGUUAUUCUUUUUGGUAUUAAAGAUCAAUCAAAUUGGAAUCGUUCGAUUGUAAAUUUUAUUAAAAUAUUUGAUAGUAUUAAAGAAUUAAAUUCGUUUAUUGAUACAUUAACAUAUGAAAGAAUUAUUUUAAUUGUUAGUGAUUCAUUGGCAGAAUCCAUUGAUAAUCUAUCUCGAUUCAAUUCCAUAUAUCUUCUUUCAAGUAAUGUCACACGAACAACCAAUCAUUUGAAUAUACAUGGAAAUUUUCCGAAUCUUAAAUCAAUUUUUGAAAAAAUCAACGAAGAAUGUGAAAUAGAAAAUGAUUUUUUUUCCAUACAAUUUUCAUCGACUAAUGAAAUUCGAAAUCAAUCAUUUUGUUAUUCACAACUAUUGAAAGAAACUCUUCUUAAAAAUGAUAAUGAAUCAAAUUUAAAAAAAGAUUUCCUCGAUUUUUCUCGAUUUCAUUAUAACGGUAAUUAUAUCGAAUCAACUCUAAUUAAUGAAUUUGAACAAGAUUUUACAAUAGAAAAAUCAAUAUGGUGGUAUACAAGAAAUAGUUUUAUUCGUAAAAUGCUUAAUCGUGCUUUACGUACAGAAGAAAUUGAUAUUCUCUAUAAAACAAGAUGGUUUAUACAAGUGCUUAAUCGUCAAAUUAAAGAAAAUAACUUUUCAGCAACUGUUUAUCGUGUUCAUCAUUAUUCUUCUGAUCAAUUUAAAAAAUUCAAAGAACAUAACUUAAAUAAUUUCAUUUCAUUUAAUACUUUUCUUGAUUGUACACUUAAUCAACCUUCUACUUUUGAAAAUAUUCCAGGUAUGGAAACAAUUUUAUUUCGAAUCAAAACAACAAUUGGUAUCAAAACUGAACAACUUCGUUAUUUUGAAUCAAAAACAGACGUUUUACUUCCUUUUGAUAAUAUUUACCGUAUUUCAUCGAUAGAAGAAAUGUUGGAUGAUAAUAAUCAUUGGUGGAAUAUUAAUUUAACAAACAUGAACAAAGAUAAUGAGCAAUGGAACGAAUUAAUAAAAGAAAUGCAUGAAGAAAUUGACGGUCCUAUUGUAUUAAUUCAAUUAGGAAAACUUUUGUUAUUAAAUAAUGAUUAUUCUCAUGCUGAUUAUUUAGCACGUUUAUUAUUUUAUGAUGGUUCAUUAAAAGAUAAUUCAACAUUGUUAGCUUCAUUGGCUGCACUUCAUCAUCUACUUGGUUCUUUUGACAAUCGACAAUGCAAUUAUCAACCUGCUCGUCUUCAAUUCGAACAAUCAUUGAAAAUAUUUUUAACUUUUAUUCCAGAAGAUAAUCAAAUACUUUCAGCUACAUAUAACAACAUUGGAAGUAUGUUUUAUCAAGAAGAUCAGCAUGAACAAGCAAUUAUUUUUCAUCAAAAAGCUCUUCAAUGUCAAUUAAAAUCAUCGUCGCCUGAUAUGGAAGCAAUAGCGACAUACUCAGGAAAUGUCGGAGCUGUUUAUCUCGAUCAAGGUAAAUAUGAUCAAGCAUUGUUAUAUUACAAACGUUCGCUUCAAAUUCUUCUUCAAUCAGUAUCCAAUGGAGAAUCACAAUCAAUUGCAUUAGUUUAUGACCGAAUAGCUUCAGUCUAUUGGAGAAUGGACAAACCAACUGAAGCACUUCCAUUUUAUCAAAAAACACUUCAAUUAGAACUAAAAUAUCUUCAAGGCGAUGAUCAUAAAAUAUCUGUUUCAUAUUUUAAUUUAUCAACAGCCUAUGCUAAAUUGAAUCGAUUAGAUGAUGCAAUUGAUUGUGCUGAGAAAUCUGUUCAACAAUUACUGAAAUGUGUAUCACUUGAUCAUUCAGAAGUCAAAGAAAAUACGGAUCAAUUAGAAGGAUUGAGACGCAGAAAAUGGCUUCAACAACUCUAUGAAUAA